AUGUUUGGCUGGUGUAGUACCUUGGGCCUACCCUCCGUGAGCUCAGAGCCGGAGAAAGAGCGCCGUCCUCCUCCCGCCCCCACACCCCUUGACUUCCCCGUCUACAACCUGCCGGAACUUUCGGAUAAGGACCCGGACGCUACUCUGUCGAGACUGAGUGAAGUGCUGGCAUCAAUCCGACGGCCACAGGAUAUCAACCCGCAGAAAUUCGAGGCGCUUAAUCUGAGACUAGAAGAGAAUGUGUCCGCAGCAGAUAUCGUUCGUCCGAGCGGGUCAAACACCGCUCCUCCGCUCCCUUGGGAUAACUCGUUAGCCCGCUCGUCCCCGGUGGAUGAGGAUGGCUGUCCCAUCCUGAUGGACAAUGGUAAUUCCUAUCCCUCCCGAGACCGAUUCGAGGCGUUGCAGAACGAGCUCCUCCUGGAUAACGAUGACGCUUUCAGAGAGGUGGGCAGACUGCCGCCCCGCGAGGGCCGUCAAAGGGUGCGUGUGGCUCAAACGAGGAAGUUCUGGACCGGCCUGGAACGGAUGGCUCAAUACUGGGACACCAGUUUGGACGAGUAUUACGAGCGCCCGAAAACGCCGCCCCCACCGGCAGGGCAGGAGGGCGCAGACAACAUGCAGACGGAUGGGGAUGCCCAACUGCCAGCGGCGCAAGACCAUACUGAAACGCCUAUGGACGUGGACCCAACGCCGCCUGCAGAGACGACAAAAGACGGUUCUCAGGCGCAGCCAGAGACACAGCAGGAAAUGGUUACUAUGUACAAGGGUCGCCGUCUUGGUGCCGGACAGGAGAUGCCCGAGGAUGUACGUGAGGAGACCGUUCGAGCGUUGGCCGAAAUGGCUGCUUGGCCCUUUGGCUGCCAGGCGGCCCCUCCUAUCUCCCCACCUCGGCUGGCUGUGAAGACUUUGCUCUUUCCUGUUCGACACACCUUCCAAACCGCACGAUCGCCAAAGGACCGUCAACUGGCGCGAAGCGGUAUCAUGGAGGGGCCUAUCUUUGCAGCGCAGUGCCGACCUGAGACCUCAUGGCGCGGGCCACAUGAUGCCCCAGGCUCUGGCAUGGGAGAGGUGUGUGAUUUGCUUCGGGAGGUGGGUGCCAUGCUCCUGACAGCUCAGGAACGGGCGAGACAGGGGGAAGCAGAGGUGAGACCAGGUGAAGGCAAGUGGUGGACAACCGUGCCCCGAUGGGGCGGCGCUCCCAACGACUCCGUCAGUGACAAUGAGAAGGAGACACAUGGGGAGGACAAACUGCCAUCCGAGUCGGGAUAUGCUCGCAAGCGCUCCAAGUACGAGCACCCGUUCCUCGCAUCGCGUCGACCGAGCUCUGCGCGAAAAAUGAGCAACAGCGACAGGUGGAAGAUUAUCCAGCCCGGACCCGGUCUUUGGGACAAGCGGAUGCGGUAUAUACAGAUUGGGAAGCCGCUCGACAGUGCUUUUGACGAUAUCUACCUAUUGUCCUCCAUCAAUCAUCAUGUGUCGAUCCUUCAUCUGCGCGUACACCGACGAUAUCUCGAAGUCAUCACCAAUGGGUCCAGCAACUUCCCGCCUGUAACCGACACGCCGGAGCAACCGUGGCAUGUUCUACAGCUACGACGCACUCGGUGGUACGACCUGUUCAACGGCGAAGACCGUGUGGAAGCGCUGAAGGGCAUUUGGCGCAUCUUCCACUAUCUCCUUCGACAGCAACCGGAGACUCAGUUUCUAAACUGA